AUGGAUAGUAAUCGAGAAGAAGCACAACGUUCAUUCAAAUUAGCACAAUCAUAUGAAAGAUCAGAUCCAAUCAAAUCAUUAAAAUUAGCAAGGAAAUCUUGUUCAUUAUUUUGGAGUGUAGAAGCAUCAGAAUUAGUUAAAUCAUUAGAAAAAGGUAAAUCAACUACAACCGAUUCAACUUCAACUUCAAAAGAAACUUUAAGAAAUCGAAAACAAACAACAACAACAACAACUAAUUCAAAUAAUAGUGCACCUAAACCUAGUAAUAGUAUACCAAAUGAACCACUUUCUUAUAAACCUGCUCAAUUAGAAAUCGUUAAGAAAAUUAGAAAAUGUAAACCAACGGAUUAUUAUGAAAUUCUUGAACUUAAACGAGAUUGUGAAGAUGGACAAGUAAAGACGGCUUAUAGAAAACUUGCGCUUGCACUGCAUCCUGAUAAGAAUAGUGCACCGGGUGCGGAUGAAGCUUUCAAAAUGGUGUCCAGGGCAUUUCAAGUCCUCUCAGAUCCAAACAAACGAUCAGCUUUUGACCGACAUGGGGCAGAUCCAGAUUCAAGAUUCGCGAGUACCUCAUCAAAUCCAAGUCCAUUCCAUCGACAUCCAUCACAUUUCUCAACCGCAGAUGAAGGUAUGGAUGCCGAACAAAUCUUUCGUAUGUUCUUUGGUGGAGGCAUGGGUGGAGGAAUGUUUGAUGGACCUGGAGUUCAAUUUGGUGGAGGUCCGACUGUCUUUCAAUUUGGAGGAGGUAUGCCUAGGGUUAGACGUUCAGGUCAAAACACUUGGGAAACUUUAAAUCAAAAUCAAAGAAGAACAUCAAAUCAUCAAGAAGUUCGAACUCCUACUACUUGGAUUAGUUUCUUACCUAUUAUCUUUUUCUUUUUGAUUUCAAUCUUUCAAUCUUUUCCUGCAUUAUUUAGUACACCUUCUAAACCUGAUCCUACUUUCUCUUGGACUCCUAGUACACUUUAUCCUACUCAAAGGGUCACACAUUCAGCUGGUAUUAGAUAUUUUGUUAAUCCAACUGAAUUUAGUACUCAUCCAUUUUACGAAGAAUAUUUAAAAUCGAAUCCAAAAUUAGGUUAUAAACCGAUUCCCCAAGGAACCAAUAGUAAUACCAAACCAAAAGAAGAAGAAACUCGAUUGAAAUCCAAGAUUGAAAGCUCAUUAUUCAAAUUUUUACCAGUUGAAUCGAAUUCAUUGGUUUUAAAAACCAAAGAAGAAAGAAAAGAUUUAAAAUUACCGAAUGGAUUUCAACAAUUUGAAAAAUCAAUUGAACUUCAUUGGAUUCGAAAAUUACAAAACGAAUGUCAAUAUUUCAAAGAAAUUAAAGAAACUAAAAAACGAAAUUUGAUGGGAUUCUUAGGGAUCGGAGCUGAUUGGGAAGCGAUUAAGAAAUUAGAUCAAGAGAGAAUCGAAUCUUGUGAUGGGCUUAGAGAACUUGGUUAUGUGGUUCAAUGA